GAUGAAGGCAUGGGUUAAACUUAAUUAACUACACAAGGUUUAUGUCAACAAAACACUUAUUUAUUAACACAUGUGUACAUUUCUUGGUAAAUAUAAUUAAAACAAAAUGGAUAGGCAACCGCUCCUAGAGACUAGCACAGAAAAGCAAUCAACUGCAGGCCGCUGUGGAAAAUGUUUGCAAGUGUUGAGGAGACAGCUGCUGAUCGUGUGUCUCGUGCUGGCCCUUGUGCUUGGUGCCAGUGUCGGGGCAGCCCUCCGCUCCCUGGACCCACCGCUCUCAAGUCGCCAGAUAAUUUACCUUCGAUUUCCGGGCGACCUCUUGAUGAACAUGCUGAGUUUCCUUAUCGUGCCGCUCAUCGCUUCAAGCCUGGUCUCCGGCCUGGCAUCCCUGGACACACAGUCUUCGGGGAAAAUCGGAUUGCGUGCAGUCGUGUACUACCUUAUGACAACACUUGCAGCCGUGGUUCUCGGCAUUAUUCUGUGCGUGAGCAUCCAACCGGGGACCAGGGGCGGCGAACCGGAAGUUACGCCAGAGGACGACGUAACUGUGGUUAACACUGCGGACACGUUUCUGGAUUUAAUAAGACAGUGUUUUCCAGACAAUAUCGUGGAAAUGUGCUUUCGAAAGACGGUAACGGAGCAAGUUCUACGACCAAAUGGAACUAAUGUUUCCAUGACAACGGUACAAAACGACACUGGUGGUGAAACGGUACCGUCCGUGUACGAUCCCGUUCCGGUGAAGACAGAUGGGGUGAACGUACUAGGGUUGGUGGUCUUUUCCAUCCUGCUGGGGGUCGUCACCGGCCACCUCGGGGACCGGGGUCGCCCCAUCCUCAUCGCCGCCCAGGCCGUCUGUGACGCCACCAUGUGCCUCGUGCAGCUGGUUAUCUGGUAUUCUCCCGUGGGCAUCCUGUGCCUCAUAGCCGCCAAGCUCGUGGAGAUCGAGGAUUUGGCGCGGACCUUCCAGCAGCUAAGCUUCUACUUCCUCACGGUCACGGCCGGGCUGUUAGUUCAUGCGGGUGCCACCUUGCCGCUCAUAUAUCUCGCCGUGGUCCGUAAAAAUCCCUACCGAUACCUGCUUGGCGUUCUGGAGCCGCUCGUGACUGCGCUUGCUACCUCCUCUAGUUCUGCGACAAUGCCGGUGACGAUGCGAUGUCUGGAGGUAAACAACCACGUGGAUCCGCGUGUAGUGAAGUUCGUGAUUCCCGUCGGCGCAACCGUUAACAUGGACGGCACGGCGCUGUAUGAGGCAGUGGCUGCAAUCUUCAUUGGCCAGAUGCGGGGCUUCCACAUGGACAUCGGCCGCAUCGUCACCAUUAGCAUCACGGCGACGGCGGCUGCGAUCGGGGCGGCGGGCGUACCCCAGGCGGGUCUUGUUACUAUGGUUAUCGUGCUGUCGGCGGUCGGUUUCCCCGUGGACGACGUGGCGCUCAUCCUUGCUGUCGAUUGGCUGCUUGACCGGAUUCGGACGGCGGUAAACGUGCUGGGUGAUGCUUUCGGAGCCGGCAUCGUCCAUCAUCUGUCCAAAGCGGAACUGCGCAUUCUCGACCAGCAGAAUAUAGCACUUCCGGAGGAUGACGUCAUAAUCACGGUAGAACAUGAGCCACGGGAGUCGACGUCACUGUUGCAAGACGAUGAGCUCAAAAAUAAAUACAGUGCAACAAAAUGUCACGAUAAGAAAUUUGUAGACGUUAAUACAUUCAUUUCAACAAAACUUUGAGUUUGAGGACGGAUUUUGAAAAGCUUUCACCACUUUAUAUCCUGUCGGCCUGUCGUCAUUGUUACACACAAAUAUAGAUCUGCUACAGUGUCUUGCCUUCUGUAAACUUUUCAAGUAAAUGUUCUUAAAGCAAAGUCAUGUCUUAAACAGAAAAUAAUACCCUGCGAUAAAUUGUAAACGACG